CUCCACCAGAGGCUUGGGCAGGAUCUGACAGUCAGAGCAAGAUGAAGCUUUCCAUUGGCAUCAUUUUCUGCUUCCUGAUCCUGGGCGUCAACAGCCGUGAAUGGUUAACAUUCCUCAAGGAAGCUGGUCAAGGGGCUAAGGACAUGUGGAGAGCCUACUCCGACAUGAAAGAAGCCAAUUACAAAAAUUCUGACAAGUACUUCCAUGCCCGGGGCAACUAUGACGCUGCCAAAAGAGGCCCUGGGGGUGUCUGGGCUGCCGAAGUGAUCAGCGAUGCCAGAGAGAACUAUCAGAAACUCAUAGGCCGUGGAGCAGAGGACUCGAAGGCCGACCAGGAGGCCAACCUAUGGGGCCGCAGUGGCAACGACCCCAAUCACUUCAGACCUAAGGGCCUGCCCGACAAAUAUUGAGCUCCCUGCUCCCACCGCGCUCAGGAGAACUGAGCCUGCUGGGACACUGCUGAAGUAG